UUUGCUGGGUAGUGUUGGCGAAGUGAAAGAUCGUCUUUGGAGCGUGACUUGGGGGGGCGACACUGAGAAUAAUGGACUUGACAAUGGAAAAAUCGCUGUCAUCAGCAAAAUCAAGCGGAGAAAAGACAUGUGCCGAAGAAUAUGUUUCGGGCGAUGGGCAACUAUAUAAGCCAAGAAACCAAGAACCCAAUCAAGUCAAAACCCAAAGAACAAGCCGGUGCAAAGAUGAACCCAUCCGCCAUUCCGCUGAUAACGAUCGUGAUGGGAGUGCUCCUGCAGAUGCACUGCAUCCAGAGCCAGAACCAAGCCUUCGAUCUCACCAAGCUGCUGCCCAAAACCGGAUCAGAGCCCAUCUGGACGGUGAUCGAUCGAAACUUGCCGCAGGUUCAGGAGAUGAUCAGCGCGGCCAGGAGGGAGUGCGUCGAGAAGCUCAAUCUUCCCAGGGAUCAGCGGCCGCUUAUGAAGGUGUCCAAUCCCAGCGAGAAAGAGAAGUGCCUUUCGGAGUGCGUGCUCAAGAAGAUCAAACUGAUGGACGACAACAACAAGCUGAACAUUGGUCAGGUGGAGAAGCUGACCAGCCUGGUGACCCAGGACAACAAGGUGGCCAUCGCCGUCAGCAGCAGCAUGGCCUCGGCCUGCAACCGCGGCGUCUCCUCCAAGAACGCCUGCGAGAACGCCCACUUCUUCAACCAGUGCAUCGGUCGCCAGUUGGAGCGCAACAACGUGAAACUGGUCUGGUAGAGCCAUCUGAUUAUCGUCUACUAAAAUUUAACUACUAAAAUGUAACUAAAGUGAGGAAAUGUUAGCCAUACUCCAAGUAUAUGGGCCAUACUAUUCGUUACAACGUAUAAGAUGCUCUGGUGAAAAUCUGUUGAUGUACACUGAUACAAAAA